AAGGAUGAAGCUGAAGAAGCAGGUGACUGUGUGUGGAGGAGCCAUAUUCUGUGUGGCCGUGUUCUCCUUAUACCUGAUGUUGGACAGGGUCCAACACGACCCUGCAAGGCGACAGAACGGCGGCGGUAACUUCCCAAGGGUAAGACAUCUAUAGACAUAGCACCACUAGUUAGCUUGUUAGUCUCAAUCCUUGGCUGCAAUCAAACACCAUGUUGUUGUGAUACAUCUGUGUGCUGUUACAAGCCAGAGGCAGUACCUUUUUUCAAGUUUUAUGGACAUUUUUCCUUUGAUAUUGAGUUACAUCAAAGCUGUAAUUAACAAAUGUAGAAUACUCUAGGUCCUAAUUGGUGAGAUGCACACGUGUUUAAAUAAUUAAUAUAGCUCUAAUUUAUCCAUCAUUUAUUUUGUAAUGUAUCCUGAGAGGCAUUGAGCUAUUUUCAUAAACACACCUUGUGUAAAGAGGCCUAUCCACCACAGCUGAACUGCUUGGCAGCAGCGAAGAUUUGUGAAUGAUUAUGUUUACAGACCUGCUCCAGCAACAGUGUGAAUAAUGAAGCCUGGAUUUGAUUGUUUCUGACAGGAUUUGAGUCAUGUUGGCCUAAACUUGUUUUGUGGCAGUUGGCUCGAAUAGGACCCAUAAAUUGUUUGCUUUUGUUUGCUUUUAGUCAUUCAUUUACCUACAGUUGAAGUCGGAAUUUUACAUACACUUAGGUUGGAGUCAUUAAAACUCGUUUUUCAACCACUCCACAAAUUUCUUGUUAACAAACUAUCGUUUUGGCAAGUCGGUUAGGACAUCUACUUUGUGCAUGACACAAGUAAUUUUUCCAACAAUUGUUUACAGAUAGAUUAUUUCACUUAUAAUUCACUGCAUCACAAUUCCAGUGGGUCAGAAGUUGACUGUGCCUUUAAACAGCUUGGAAAAUUCCAGAAAAUGAAGUCAUGGCUUUAGAAACUUCUGAUAGGCUAAUUGACAUCAUUUGAGUCAAUUGGAGGUGUACCUGCAGAUGUAUUUCAAGGCCUACCUUCAAACUCAGUGCCUCUUUGCUUGACAUCAUGGGAAAAUCAAAGAAAUCAUCCAAGACCUCAGAAAAGAAUUGUAGCCCUCCACAAGUCUGGUUCAUCCUUGGGAGCAAUUUCCAAAUGCCUGAAGGUACUACGUUCAUCUGUACAAACAAUAGUACGCAAGUAUAAACACCAUGGGACCACGCAGCCGUCAUCCCGCUCAGGAAGGAGACGCGUUCAGUCUCCUAGAGAUGAAUGUACUUUGGUGCGAAAAGUGCAAAUCAAUCCCAGAACAACAGCAAAGGACCUUGUGAAGAUGCUGGAGGAAACGGGUACAAAAGUAUCUAUAUCCACAGUAAAACGAGUCCUAUAUCGACAUAACCUGAAAGGCCGCUCAGCAAGGAAGAAGCCACUGCUCCAAAACCGCCAUAAAAAAGCAAGACUACGGUUUGCAACUGCACAUGGGGACAAAGAUCGUACUUUUUGGAGAAAUGUCCUCUGGUCUGAUGAAACAAAAAUAGAACUGUUUGACUAUAAUGACCAUCGUUAUGUUUGGAGGAAAAAGGGGGUUGCUUGCAUGCCGAAGAACACCAUCCCAACCGUGAAGCACGGGGGUGGCAGCAUCAUGCUGUGGGGGUGCUUUGCUGCAGGAGGGACUGGUGCACUUCACAAAACAGAUGGCAUCAUGAGGAAGGACAUUUAUGUGGAUAUAUUGAAGCAACAUCUCAAGACAUCAGCCAGGAAGUUAAAGCUUGGUCGCAAAUGGGUCUUCCAAAUGGACAAUGACCCCAAGCAUACUUCCAAAGUUGUGGCAAAAUGGCUUAAGGACAACAAAGUCAAGGUACUGGAGUGGCCAUCACAAAGCCCUGACCUCAAUCCUAUAGAACAUUUGUGGAUAGAACUGAAAAAGCGUGUGUGAGCAAGGAAACCUACAAACCUGACUCAGUUACACCAGCUCUGUCAGGAAGAAUGGGCCAAAAUUCACCCAAUUUAUUGUGGGAAAGCUUGGAGGCUACCCUGAAACGUUUGACCCAAGUUAAACAAUUUAAAGGCAAUGCUACCAAAUACUAAUUGAGUGUAUGUAAACUUCUGACCCACUGGGAAUGUGAUGAAAGAAAUAAAAGCUGAAAUAAAUCAUUCUCUCUACUAUUAUUCUGACAUUUCACAUUCUUAAAAUAAAGUGGUGCUCCUAACUGACCUAAGACAGGGAAUUUUUACUAGGAUUAAAUGUCAGGAAUUCUGAAAAACGGAGUUUAGCUAAGUUUUUGGCUAAGGUGUAUGUAAACUUCUGACUUCAACUGUAUUUGCUACAGCAGCUUGAGUGAACAAGGACCUGGAUUUUCACAACAGUGUCUCCUUUGGGGAGGGGACAGUGAAGUAGUGUAUCCAUCCAUAUAAACUAGCUAGCCCUAUUUAGCACCUCCUGUGACGUUCAUCCCCAUUUCCCCUCGGGGCCUUUUCCUCCUGCGUUCUAGAGCCAGAUCUCUGUUCUGCAGAACCGCAUAGAACAGCUGGAGCAACUGCUGGAGGAGAACCACCAGAUCAUCAGCCACAUCAAGGACUCUGUUCUGGAGCUGACCGACACUGGCGCUGUGUCCCCCAGCGGACAGCUGCCCUUCCGCAGUGCCAACGGCUCCUGGGUCCUGCCCUUCGACGGACGCCCCACUUUCCUCUCUGUCAAGCCCCAGGACUGCCAGUUUGCCCAGGGCCCCCGCGGACAGACCGACCUGCAGGUGAGCUGCUCUCCAGGGACUUUCUGGGAAUGGGAGGAACUCUGUUGUUCUGUUGGCCAUCAGUAGGCCAUAUGUGUGUGAUUGUUAACACACUGUCUCUUGUCUACGUGGCACAUUUAAUUACAGAUAUCAUGUGAUUUGCCUCUUCUCUCCACCCCCACCUCCCAAAUAAGAGUAAAAAAAUAAUAAAUUGGCAUAUAUUCUAAACCCAAAGCAGAGAUAAGUUUGCCAACUUUGGUCUGUUGUCUUCCAGAUGCUGGACGUAUACUCUCUGCUGAAGUUUGACAAUGUGGACGGGGGUGUGUGGAAGCAGGGCUUUGAGAUCACCUAUGAGCCUGGAGAGUGGGACAGUGAGCCUCUGCAGGUGUUUGUGGUCCCUCACUCCCACAACGACCCAGGUGAGAGAUGCCUCUAAAGCAAGUUUCUUCAGAGCACACCGUAGCAAAACACUAUGAGACGGAUAAUGAAAAUGAUGGUUUCUUAUUGGACGAGGUCAGGUAGUAGGUCUACCUUGCUCUUUCAAAACUGCAAAGUGUGACGAAGUGAGGCCUAGUGACAGGAAAGCAAAAAAGAUAAUGAGAAGUUCCUUUUUUGUACUUAACACAAUUCAAUCAAGGUUCCAUAUUUUGCUAUUACCUGCAGAUGACAGGAUUGACAAAUGGAGUGACACAAUGACAUUAGAAUGCAAACGUCUAGGCUAUUUUUAGAUUAGAAUGGCUGUGUCUUGGCACGAGAUUUGAUUUUAGCCAGAGACUGACAGUUCCAUUUAGAUUUAUUUACAGCCAGUGUGAGGCCAGCUACCUAACUUGACAGUUAUUGACUUGUUGACGUGGCAGAUCCUGCAGAUUGUCACUCAAGAACAGGAAUAGGCAUUCAUUAUGCUUCCAUUUUAAUUAGUAUAAACUUUACUCAUUACUAAGGUGUCACUGAGUAAAUGUUCACAGCUAGUCUUGGGUCUGCGGAGAGCUAUGAGGGACCACUGGGACUGUUGUCAGUGAAUCCAUGCUAAAGCAGUUUUCUUUGUUCUGGGAUGUCCUCUCUAAAAGCAAGGCCAGAGCUUUUAAGGGUUUAACAAGACUGCAGGUAAAGUGAAGUAGGUCAAACGGCAGGACUGGCACAGAGUCAUAAUAAGACCUGCAGACAAUGCAACGGUAAAAGGCCCCUUUCACUAUCCUCUACUCGAGUUGGUUGGUCUACCUUCUACCAGUCUGUUCAUCCCCUCCACACUAUUCCAGUGGCAUGGACUACUAUGGUUUAGUCUACUGUUAGCAUCGUGCUCUAUUAUGGAACGCUGUUUGGGUCUUUGCGUGUCAAAAAAGAUACACGUCAAAUAACACUUUGAUGUGUACUUCACCAGCAUCAUUGCAUACGUAUCAAUGAGUCGUUGUGACCGAUAUGAGAUACGAGUGAUAGUGUAAUCAAUGUGUAUUAACUAUGUAAAAAAUGUAUGAACGUGUUAAAUUGUUAUGUGACGUGCAGUCAUAUUCAGGUCCUGAUUGGUCAACAUGCUUAUUGGUACUGAGUAGACUGACACCCCAUUUAAUUGAUCCCCAAUCCUUAGGUAAGGCUGUACAGUGCAAUAUGAAUGUCAGUAUGCACAAUAGGCUGACUGGGGAGGUGAUUUUCACAGUCACAGUCCCGCGAAAAGAGCUACAACGCUAAUAUUUGCGUAAACUCUUCAGUUGUGUUCUGUGGGUGUCACCGAGUAGACUGAUGCUCCACAUUCCAACCUUGUUUAACAUUAUCUAGUCUAAAAAUUGAAUGAUUUCAUCAAUUGUAACCUUCUGCGUCACUUACAAGGAGGUACUUUUAUUUUGAAGGCAAACCGCAAAUUCCACUAUUGUGGCUAUUUUCACAACACAUAACCCGGUCCGGUCAAGCCUCACCAGCCGGAUGAAGUUUACUGGCUGCUUAUAACGUUAGCUUUGGGCAACAGGGUUAAGUAGCUGGCUAGCUAGUUAUUUUCAUGAAACUGAAGUUCAAUUUCAAGUUCAAGUGGCUAACUUACCUAGCUAAUACUUACUCACAUGGAUUGCUAAAUCAUUGCUAAGAAUAUUGAAAAUGACUGCAGUUAUUGUUUUCAAGCUAACGUCAGUUGCAUUGGUGCUAGCUAGGGAACGUUACCAAGCUAAAGCUAGCUAGCUACCCCAGAAGUUGCUAAUAACAUCUGUAUCAAAGAUAUUUGCAAACAUUUUUGAUCCUGCUCGUUUGAUCCUGAUCUUAUUUCAAAUGCUCACACAGACGUUUUCUCAUUCGGUCGAACAAAUAAUGCAUUAUUACCAACGCGCUAUUGUAAACACAUGGUUGGUGGCCGGUGUGCUUGUUUGCAGACCUUUUUUUUGUACAGUUUUGACAGUGCUACUGAUCGUAGUGGUGGCGCUUGGCUUGCACAUGCAAAUUCAGCACACACAUUCUAUGAUAUAAUUGUAUUAUUUGACGCGUCAAAUGAUGUGUAUCUUUUUUGACACGCAAAGACCCAAACGGCGUUCAAUACUCUAUAGAUGAGUUAGUACUAGACUAAUCUGUUGUAUGUUACUAGAGUAAACAACUUCUUCCUUUCUGAGAGAUGCAUGGUCUGUUGGCCUGCGUCUUUAGCAACUGAUAAUGUAAUAACUGGCAAUAAUGUAAUAGCUGCUAAUAAUGUAAUAACUUUUUCAUUUAUAAUGUAAUAAAUGCUGAUACUGUAAUUUGCUAAUAACUAAUUAUUACAUUAUGCAUUGAUUAUUACAUUAUGAAAUGGUUAGCAUAUUUUUCAUAAAUAGUGUAAGAACUUUAACCAAUAAUGUAAUAACAACCCCCCUGUAAAACCACAUUCCUGCAUCGUUAUUUGAUAUUACUAAGGGAAUGUAACUGGACAGUUCAUUAAACCAGUGGACUAAUGUUGGAGGGCCCAUACUCUUGUUUCUCAGCAGACAUAAACAGGGACAUUGUGGCAUUUUAUUUCCAACACACUUAGAUAUUACAGAUGAUACAGUCCCAAAAUGUUGUCAUAUCUACACAAUUUUAUUUAUGUAUUUUUUAUUUCACCUUUAUUUAACCAGGUAAGCCAGUUGAGAACAAGUUCUCAUUUACAACUGCGACCUGGCCAAGAUAAAGCAAAGCAGUGCGAUUAAAAACAACAACAACACAGUUACAUAUGGAAUAAACAAAAACGUACAGUCAAUAACACAAUAGAAAAUAGAAAAUCUAUAUAAAGUGUGUGCAAAUGUAGUAAGUUAUGGAGGUAAGGCAAUAAAUAGGCCAUAGUGCAAAAUAAUUAGAAUUUAGUAUUAACACUGGAGUGAUAAUGUGCAGAAGAUGAUGUGCAAAUAGAGCUACUGGGGUGCAAAUGAGCAAAAUAAAUAACAAAUGUAAAUAACAAUAUGGGGAUGAGGUAGUUGGGUGGGGUAAUUACAGAUGGGCUGUGUACAGGUACAAUGAUCGGUAAGCUGCUCUGACAACUGAUGCUUAAAGUUAAUGAGGGAGAUAAGUGUCUCCGGCUUCAGAGAUUUUUGUAGUUCGUAUCAGUCAUUUGCAGCAGAGAACUGGAAGAAAUGGCGGCCAAAGGAGGUGUUGGCUUUGGGGAUGACCAGUGAGAUAUACCUGCUGGAGCGCAUACUACGGGUGGGUGUUGCUAUGGUGACCAAUGAGCUAAGAUAAGGCGGGGAUUUGCCUAGAAGUGAUUCAUAGAUGACCUGGAGCCAGUGGGUUUGGCAACGAAUAUGUAGUGAGGGCCAGCCAACGAGAGCGUACAGGUCACAAUGGUGGGUAGUAUAUGGGGCUUUGGUGACAAAACGGAUGGCACUGUGAUAGACUACAUCCAAUUUGCUGAGUUGAGUGUUGGAAGCUAUUUUGUAAAUGUCAAGGAUCGGUAGGAUAGUCAGUUUUACGAGGGCAUGUUUAGCAGCAUGAGUGAAGGAGACUUUGUUGCGAAACAGGAAGCCGAUUCUAGAUUUAACUUUGGAUUGGAGAUGCUUAAUGUGAGUCUGGAAGGAGAGUUUACGGUCUAAUCAGACACCUAGGUAUUUGUAGUUGUCCACAUAUUCUAAGACAGACCCGCCGAGAGUAGUGAUUCUAGUCGGGCGGGGGUGCAAGCAGCGUUCGAUUGAAGAGCAUGCAUUUAGUUUUACUAGCGUUUAAGAGCAGUUGGAGGCCACAGAAGGAGUGUUGUAUGGCAUUGAAGCUCGUUUGGAUGUUUGUUAACACAGUGUCCAAUGAAGGGCCGUCUGCGUCGAGGUGGAUCUGAGAGUCACCAGCAGCAAGAGCGACAUCAUUGAUAUACACAGAGAAUAGAGUCAGCCUGAGAAUUGAACCCUGUGGUACCCCCAUAGAGACUGCCAGAGGUCCAGACAACAGGCCCUCCGAUUUGAUACAUUGAACUCUAUCAGAAAAGUAGUUGGUGAAUCAGGCGAGGCAGUCAGUUGAGAAACCAAGGCUAUUUAGUCUGCCAAUAAGAAUGCAGUGAUUGACAGAGUCAAAAGCCUUGGCCAGGUCGAUGAAGACGGCUGCACAGUACUGUCUUUUAUCAAUCGCGGUUAUUAUAUUGUUUAGGAUCUUGAGCGUGGCUGAGGUGCACCCAUGACCAGCUCGGAAACCAGAUUGCAUAGCGGAGAAGGUACGGUGGGAUUCGAAGUGGUCGGUGAUCUGUUUGUUAACUUGGCCUUCAAAUACUUUCGAAAGGCAGGGUAGGAUGGAUAUAGGUUUGUAACAGUUUGGAUCUAGAGUGUCACCCCCUUUGAAGAGGGGGAUGACUGCAGCAGCUUUCCAAUCUCUGGGGAUCUCAGACGAUACGAAAGAGAAGUUGAACAGGCUAGUAAUAGGGUUUGCGACAAUUUUGGCGGCUAAUUUUAGAAAGAAAGGGUCCAGAUUGUCUAGCCCAGCUGAUUUGUAGGGGUCCAGAUUUUGCAGCUCUUUCAGGACAUCAGCUGUCUGAAUUUGUGUGAAGGAGAAGCGGGGGGGGCAUUGGCAAGUUGCAGCAGAGGGUGCAGAGCUGGUGGCCGGGGUAGGGGUAGCCAGGUGGAAAGCAUGGCCAGCCGUAGCAAAAUGUUUAUUGAAAUUCUCGAUUAUUGUAGAUUUAUCGGUGGUGACAGUGUUUCCUAGCCUCAGUGCAGUGGGUAGCUGGGAGGAGGUGCUUUUAUUCUCCAUGGACUUUACAGUGUCCCAAAACCUUUUGGAGUUAGUGCUACAGGAUGCACAUUUCUGUUUGAAAAAGCUAGCCUUUCCUUUCCUAACUGAUUGUGUAUAUUGGUUCCUGACUUCCCUGAAAAGUUGCAUAUCGCGGGGGCUGUUCGAUGCUAAUGCAGUACGCCACAGGAUGUUUUUGUGCUGGUCAAGGGCAGUCAAGUCUGGGGUGAACCAGGGGCUAUAUCUGUUCUUAGUUCUGAAUUUUUUGAAUGGGGCAUGCUUAUUUAAGAUGGAGAGGAAAGCACUUUUGAAGAACAUCCAGGUGUCCUCUACUGACGGAAUGAGGUCAAUAUCCAUCCAGGAUACCCGGGCCAGGUCAAUUAGGAAGGCCUGCUCGUUGAAGUGUUUUAUGGAGCGUUUGACAGUGAUGCGGGAUUGUCGUUUGACCGUGGACCCAUUACGGGCGCAGGCAAUGAGGCAGUGAUUGCUGAGAUCCUGGUUGAAGACAGCGGAGGUGUAUUUGGAGGGUAAAUUAGUCAGGAUGAUAUCUAUGAGGGUGCCCAUGUUUACGGAUUUAGGGUUGUACCUGGUAGGUUCCUUGAUAAUUUGUGUGAGAUUGAGGGCAUCUAGUUUAGAUUGUAGGACGGCCGGGUUGUUAAGCAUAUCCCAGUUUAGGUCACCAAGCAGUACGAACUCUGAGGAUAGAUGGGGGGCAAGCAAUUCACAUAUGGUGUCCAGGGCACAACUGGGGGCUGAGGUGGGGUCUGUAGCAAGCGGCAACAGUGAGAGACUUAUUUCUGGAAAGGUGGAUUUUUAGAAGUAGAAGCUCAAACUGUUUGGGCACAGACCUGGAUAGUAUGAUAGAGCUCUGCAGGCUAUCUCUACAGUAGAUUGCUACUCCGCCUCCUUUGGCACAAGACGAGAAAAAAUAUAUAUAUAUAUAUAUAUAUAUAAUGGAGCCGUGAAGGCAACUUUAUAUUAAAAUGUUUCUUGUACUGGUUGACCUGAAAAAGAAAAGGUGUACAACUUCCAUAUGUGAGGCUCAUAAGAGGACUAAAGGCAGUAGUGGAAAAAACACAGGUUUUGGCCUUGGACCGAUGGGUUUAGUGUGUGUGUGAGUGAGUGAGUCUCUGACAUGAGUCUUGUUCCAUCUGCACUCUGUAAGGUAAAGUAGCUUGGUCUAUCCUGGGAUAAGGAGUGAAACUCUUGUUGAAUAUUUUUGUGAUCAUUACAAUUUGGCUAAUCACAUGACUACAAGGUGUGUCUUCAAAUUGCAAAUCUGUUGUGGCAAUGGAUGCAAAUGCAAAGUGUUUCUCAAGUGUGUGACGCUUAAUAUGCAUGCUAUUAAAGAAAGUGAUUUUAAAUUAUUACAUUAUUUGUUGAAGUUAUUACACUAUUGAUGAUUUUUAAAAAACAACGUUAUAAUGUAAUAAUCAAUGCAUAAUGUAAUAAUGAUUACAUUAUGCACAAAAACUUUAAGUUAUGCGUUCAGCAAAUUUACUACAUUAUUGGCAAUUUAUUACAUUAUCAGCAUUUAUUACAUUUUAAAUGCAAAAGUUAAUAAAUUAUUAGCAGUUAUUACAUUAUCAGUUGCUACAUGUGUCUCAGCCUUCGACAAUGCAUUCAAAGUGUCUCAUUGUUAGGCACAGUUUCUGUUCUGUUUAAAUAAUGAAACGGGUGUUAUUUUUAAUACCACACAGCUGUUUUGUAUGGUACUGUACCACUGACCUUCUCUUACCCCUCCUCUUGUCAUGGCGCAAUCCAGAAUACACUAUAGGAAAUGGUACAGUACAAUACAGGGUCAAAUUUUGUACACACAUAAAUGCUUUGAAACAGGGAGGUAGCCUAAGCCUACCACAGGAACUUUUCCAAUAAGGAUCUCCCAUUUUCGUUUUCAGUUUAAGCGUUUUGCUUCAGUAGUGUCAGUCCUACUGAACAGGACCCUGUUCCGCCUGAUCUGUAUUGUUGUGCUCAUCACCUCUGUGCUGCUGUCUCCCGUCCCGGCAGGCUGGAUAAAGACAUUUGAUAAGUACUACACAGACCAGACGCAGCACAUCUUCAACAACAUGCUGGUGAAGUUGACUGAGGACCCACGCAGGAAGUUCAUCUGGUCCGAGAUCUCCUUCUUCGCCAAGUGGUGGGAGAGCGCUGACAUGCACAAGCAGGAAGCCAUGCGCAAGUAAGUGUCUCACAGUCACAGCACUAGCUCUCAGGCAUCUUACUAUAUCUUACUACUGCCCAAAUUGAUUCUUCCCUAAAGGAUUUGAGCCGUCAUGAGGAAGGAUCAAUAGUGCCGUUCUUGGUAGAUUAGAUUUCAGUAGUUUUUUGUAAGCAGGAACUCGUCCAACUGUGAAUGAUGUCUACCUAACUAGCAAAACAGUAUAUUUUCAGUAUCACUUAUCACAGGCUGUAAACAACCUGCCAGGCCACAUUAGCAGGGUGAUCUACAGUAAUUAGCUAAUGGCAGAGAGAUUAGAUGCUCCUAAAAUAGUCUGCUUAAGCGUUUGCUUUUUAUCACAUCCCUACUGUGUGGAUGUCUUAAAUCCUCUCUAUCUGUCUCAGGCUAAUCCUGGGAGGGCAGCUGGAGAUGGUGACUGGAGGCUGGGUGAUGACUGAUGAGGCCAACGUUCACUACUUUGCCAUGAUCGACCAGCUCAUAGAGGGCCAUCAGUGGCUGGAGAAGAACUUGGGUAAGGGACACGUCUGCCCUCUCCGAGACACUUUUUCUUAUUCAUGCAAGGGGCUUUGCACACUGAGGUUUGGAGCAGAAGCAUUUGAAAGUUAAACUGAUUCAAACUGUGAGUGGAUAACUUUGCAACGACACCUUUGCGCAUGUUGUGUGAAAUCCUGUAUGACUUCGGACAUAGUAAUGUCUUCUGUUCCUGUAUGACUUCCAUUAAGUUGACAUAGAAACUGCACCAUGCUCUGUUGUAUUCUCCAUGAUGUUAACCCUCCUGUGCUGUGCCCUACCCUAGGUGUGACCCCUCGGUCGGGCUGGGCUGUGGACCCCUUUGGCCACAGUGCCACCAUGCCCUACCUGUUGAAGAGGGCCAAUCUGACCAGCAUGCUCAUCCAGAGGGUCCACUACUCCAUAAAGAAGCACUUCGCCUCCAGCCGCAGCCUGGAGUUCAUGUGGAGGCAGGCCUGGGGUCAGUGGCUGGCUGGUCUGCUGCCAGGAAAACCAUCUCAUCUAUUUACACCAUAAUGUGCUUCUCUGGACUGCCUUUUAAAGUCAAAUAGAGUUUGUGGGAAAUGUGGCAAUGGCCAAUUUAUAGUUUGAACUAAGAACAGUAACUGUUUGUGUUCCUUGCUUGUAUUUGCAUAUAACUUUUUAUCUUCACACAAACUCCAAAUAAAUCAACUAUUUUCUUCAUUUUGUUUGUAUUGCCAGACCAAAAGUCGGGCACGGACAUUUUCUGCCACAUGAUGCCCUUCUACAGUUAUGACGUGCCACACACCUGCGGGCCCGACCCCAAGAUCUGCUGCCAGUUUGACUUUAAGAGGCUGCCAGGCGGCCGGGUCAACUGUCCUUGGAAGGUUCCUCCUCGGGCCGUGGUGGAGGCCAACGUUGCGGAGAGGUGAGCCAAGCAGAGAGAGCCUCCCCGGGGCCUUGUACACCUCACUGCUGGGGGGGAUGUGGGUCAAGGAGCAUUUUCAGGGCUGUUUGGGGGUGAGGAGAUGUCAGAGCUCAGCAGUAGAGCAGGGAGUGUGCAGAAAAACAGAAAAAAUGCAACUGGCUUUGGAGACCUUCACUGCAACUUGCUUCUCAAUGACUAGUUUUGUGUAGAAAAAAGAAACGCUUCAUAGAACUUUCCAAAGCACACAUUCCAGAGAGAGGCUAAUAGAAAAUAGCUCUCUAACUGAAAGCUAUUCAUUGCCUUUUUCCAUUAAAGGUCAUUUUUUUAUCUUCCAUUUUCUAAGGUCAUGUACAGUCAUCUAUUGUCCUGUAACACUGGCAUUGCACUGGGAUGCACUCACAUAUCUAAGAGAUGUGAUUUGAAUAUGUAAUGCAUUUCAAAAGAAGACAUUUCUGCACACUGCUUGCUUUCUCCUUUUCAUUAAAAUGUAUGCUUUGAUGAAGGUCACUAGACAGAAACCAAUAAUGUCAAUAUUCUAAAGCAAGCACUGUUCAGGAAUUUCUUCUUUUGAAUCCUGUAAUACUGGCUGCCACAACUGUGAUGUUAAUCAGUGUGUAACCCCUCUCUCCACCCUAGGGCCCACCUGCUCUUGGACCAGUACCGAAAGAAGUCCAAGCUGUUCCGCAGUAAGGUGGUUCUGGUUCCACUGGGAGAUGACUUUCGUUACGACAAGGCCCUGGAGUGGGACCAGCAGUACCUCAACUACCAGAGACUCUUUGACUACAUGAACUCUCACCCCGAAAUGCACGUGCAGGUCAGAGACCAAGCCCACAACUCUCUGGCUCUUCUGGGGGUCUGUUAGUUAUUGAAAAGUAGUUUUUGAUUGAUGUUUGAGAGUGAAUCUAAAAUGUCCUGUCUCACCUGUGUGUUCCUGUAUGUCUCCAGGCCCAGUUUGGGACCCUGACUGACUACUUCACUGCGGUUUACAAGGCCAACAGUGUGCCGCAGGGUGCCAGACCCCCAGACUACCCGGUGCUGAGCGGGGACUUCUUUGCGUACGCAGACCGCGAGGACCACUACUGGAGCGGCUACUACACCUCCCGGCCCUUCUACAAGAGCAUGGACCGCGUGCUAGAGUCCCAUCUCAGGUAAGGCCAGAUGGAACCAGACAGACAUGACUUCAAUACACCUGUAAAACAGCAGGUUGGCAUCUGCGCCUUACUCUCAGUCCUUAAUUCGACAAUGUUAGCCACAUGUGCGUAGGUUUCAAAAGCUAAAUAAUUGGAAGAUGGAAACCUGUCAUGCACACUGUCAAAGUUUGGGAAAAAUCCAGAAGGUUCUCUUGUCUUUGUUAAAGUGUUGCUGUGUGUUGUUCCUCUGUGGUGUUCUCAAGGGGGGCAGAGAUCCUGUUUAGUCUUGCCGUGGCCCACGCUCGCCGCGCAGGCAUGGAGGGCCGCUACCCCACCUCAGACUACACCCUGCUGACGGACGCAAGGCGCACCGUCGCCCUGUUCCAGCAUCACGAUGCCAUCACAGGCACCGCCAAGGAGAACGUGGUCAUUGACUAUGGCAACAGGUCAGUGGCUAAGAGAGACAUAGAAUAGAGAUGGAAGUAUAUUUUUCAACUUUUAUAGGUAUUCCCUCUCUUAUUUUCUUCAUAUGUGCCUGGUUUGUGACCACUGGUUUGAUAAAAGACUCUCAUGUCUCCAACUUCAAGAAUACUAGGAUAAUGUGUCCUUGGUCCUUGGGGCGGCAGGUAGCUUAGUGGUUAAGAGCGUUGUGCCAGUAACCGAAAGGUCGCUGGUUCUAAUCCCCGAGCUGACUAGGUGAAAAAUCUGUCGAUGUGCUCUUGAGCAAGGCAGUUGCUCCUGUAAGUCGCUCUGGAUAAGAGCGUCUGCUAAAUGACUAAAAUGUAAAUGUAAAAUGUCCUUUGUCUCUUCUGUAGGUUACUGCGCUCCCUGCAGGGCCUGAAGAGAGUGAUCAUUAACGCAGCCCACUUCCUAGUAAUGAAGAACAAGGACGUGUAUCGCUUCUACCAGACAGAACCCUUCCUAGAGACGGUGAGGGAGAAGGACAGGGAAUUUCAACCUGUUCAUGACAUGGAGCUCUAGCAAUGCAUUAAUGUUACAAUAGCUAAGAUAAGCCCAUCUUCUCUUUUAUGUUACUUUCCAAUGGGAUCCUGUUAAUGACAGGAGUUGUGAUCUACUCCUACUCAGUGCUUCUCUAGUGUAACCAAUCAGUGCAACUGACUAUCACAUACUCAUGUCCUUAUCCUAUAGGAUGACAGACGUGCCACCCAAGACUCCCUGCCCCAGCGCACCCUUAUCGAACUGGACCAGUCAGGACCAAGGUAACCCCCCUACCCCUCCUCCUCUCUGCCCCAGUACAGUCUCUCAUGGGUGGGGUGUUUGUGACUGAUCUUCCCCUGUCUCUCCGUCAGGUACCUGGUGCUGUUCAACCCGGUGGAGCAGGACAGGCUGUGUGUGGUGACAGUGUUGGUGAACUCUGCCAGGGUCAGGGUGCUCACAGAGGACGGACAGACCCUCCCUGUGCAGCUCAGUGCCCAGUGGAGCUCUUCUAGCCAAAUGAGCGCAGAGGUCUUCCAGGUGUGUGGUUGUGAUGCUCUCAGUGACUAUUUAAUGGGCAUUGCUUGGUACUUCAUUUGACAGAUGCAUUGAUAUAUUAGGUGUAGCAUGAGUGCCUCGGUCUGUCUGCCGUGUGUGUGAGUGUUUAACUGUGUUCUCUCCUGUCUACAGGCCUCCUUCAUGGUGCGUCUGCCUGCCCUGGGCCUGGCUGUGUUCCACCUGUAUGACUCUGCCGACACCCCCAUGACGCUGCGCUCUGAGACCCUGCUGAGGCUGUCUGGUCGGGGGCAGACUGCCCACGCUGUGGAUCCCCUCCCUCUCCGCUCCCAGACGGCAGACACACAACCCUUCUACAUCUCCACCCAGUCCCUCACCUUGGGCUUCUCUGGAACCACCGGCCUGCUGGAGGUACGUGGAGGGGAAGAGGCUCAGGCUGCGGCCCAAAUGGCACCCUAUGUAAUGCAGUACUUUUGACCAAAGGGCUGGGCUGCCAUUGGGGAUGCAGCCACUGACUAUGCUUUGUCUCUAACAGAUUUGGAACUUAGCCUAAACGUUGACUAAAAUGAUAAAAUUAGUCCAAGGCCCUUGAUCAUUUGAUGAAUUCCAAAUAGGCAGCACAGAUUAAUUUGGUUGAAGUGUAAUGUAUAAUAUGGUCUCUCGCUCCGUCUCUCGAUCAGAGUAUCCGUCGUAAAGACGACCCUCAGGAGUUGAAGGUUCAGAUCCAGUUCGUGACAUAUGGUACUCGGUCCUCCAAGGAUAAGAGCGGGGCUUACCUCUUCCUGCCUGACGGAAAGGCUAAGGUGAGCUAACUUUAAAACCCUCCUACCUCUACUAGCGAUACAGUAAGUUACCUGUAAACCAUUUUAGGAUCAGUACCCUGCCUCAAUCCUAACCUUAACCAUUAGAGAAACACACUGUCUCUCCAUCUUUCAGCCCUACAGUCAGAAGGAGCCUCUGGUGGUGCGUGUGGUGGAGGGACCUCUUUUCUCUGAGGUAGUGGCUCUCUACCAGCACUUCCAACAGACCAUCCGCAUACACAAUGUGCCAGGUGUGGACGGUCUGUCCCUGGAUGUCACCACCAUGGUGGACAUCAGAGAGCAGUCUAACAAGGAACUGGCCAUGCGGCUCGUCACUGACAUCCAGAGUGACGACACCUUCUACACAGACCUCAACGGAUUCCAGGUCAGACCACAACACACACUUUACACUAUAGAAUGUCUGAUCUUUGGCUUCAACAUGUACCUCAAUACUGUAAUGUUUCCACAGAUGCAGCCCCGGCGCCGCUUCCUGAAGCUCCCCCUGCAGGCCAACUUCUACCCCAUGCCCAGCCAGGCCUACAUCCAGGACAGCCAGCACCGCCUCACCCUGCAUUCUGCCCAGGCCCUGGGUGUCACCAGCCUAGAGAGCGGUAGGGAAGGACCACUCAUAUGUUGUUUUUUCUUAAAGGGGCAAUCUGCAGUUGCUACAUCAAUAUGUAUGUACCCAUUGAUUCUUGAAGAAUAUAUGCCUCAUGAGCUUAGUUCAACUGUCGUACCCCAUCAGAACCCAAAAUAUAAGCUUGUUUUACGCCAAUGUUUGUAAACAAAGUAAAGGUAAACAAACACUAUAUAGCCUCAAAACAUGAUUAAAACUUUUUUUUGAUAUCAUGGAUGGUCAGUCCUUGCAUCUUUAGCCCUGUCUAUGAAUUUGGUUACAUUACUCUAGCCCCAUACCUCAGCUUUUUACCGAAACAGAGGCAGGGAUAACGCCAUUUACCAUCCAUAGGCAACCCAAUUUGAAGAAGACAAUGCUCUGAUCAUUGACUGAAUGCUCCCAACCCAUAGGAAUUCCCACCCAGUUAGAAUGGUGGAAGUCCUCAACUUUAAAAUAGUGCAAGUCCUCAAUGGCAAUGUCAAUCAUAAAUCGUGUUCUAUCCAGAUUCUAGAGUCCUCUGUCUAUCUAUGAUGGAGCUAUAUGUGCAUGUCUCUGCUUUUCCCUCCCUCAGGCCAGUUGGAGGUGAUUCUGGACCGGCGGCUGAUGCAGGAUGAUAACCGCGGCCUGGGCCAGGGCCUGAAGGACAACAAGAAGACGGCCAACCGCUUCCGCCUCCUACUGGAGAGUAGGUCCACUGGCAACAAGGUCAGUCAGUUAAAAGUCCUCAGAUGCGAGUUACUGGAGCUUCCUGGAUCUUGUUUAUAGGUCUCAAAUCCAAGCAAAUGAAGCCAAUCUAGUCUGAGGGGAAACAGUGGGUAAGCCAGGAAUUCUGUUAAUCAGCAGUUGUUGAAAAUGUCUCGUCAAUCAUGCUGUGAUUGUUAACCCCUGUCUCUCCAUUCUUUUGUCACCUCCUUCCAUUUUUUUCUGUCAUCCCUCUGUCUGUCUGCUCUUCCAUUGCACUCAGCAUGCUGGCUUCUUUGCCAAACUCUCCUCCAUGUUUCACUUGCUCAUCCCCUUUGCCCUGAGAGGCAGCGCUCAAGAGGUAACAUUGCCACGGCAACAGUGAGGUUGCUAGCUACCCAGCCGUAGCUGGCUGUCUGUCUGUGUAAUCUGUGCUAUAGCUGUAGUUCUUACCUUCUAGUUUAACCUGUGUUUAGCUGCCCUCUACCCUGUAGCCAAAGGUCCACCAUAGCAGCAUUGCAAGCAUCCUGGAAUUGGAUAUGCGCUUAAAAUGAUUGUUUUCAGCUCUGCAGCUUCCAUGCUGUGUUGAGUGCUGAAGCUAAGCAGGGUGGGACGGGGUUAGUUGUCAGAUAUGACCUGUGGUGUGUCUGUUGUGACGUGUUUCUCUGCCUCCCAGGUGGUGGACAGCGGACCAACCAGCUUCCCCUCCCUGCUCAGUCACAUGACCUCUGCCAUUCUCAACCACGAGGUGCUGGCGCUGCCUGUGCUGCCCAAGAAGCGUGGCAUCCCUUCCCUGCACACCUUCGCCCCCCUCACAGGGGCCCUGCCCUGUGACUUCCACGUGAUCAACCUGCGCAGCAUCCAGCACCAGGUAACUAGAAGUGAAAAAGUAAUUAUCCUUUUUGUGGAAUGUCAAUAUACUGGAAGAUGUAAUACAUGUAGGGUUCUGUGUGUUUACCAUUGAUGCUAACAUGUUUCUGCUUUGCUGUUUGUGUGACUUGUAGCAGGACACCCACUCCCCGUCUCCCUACACGGCCCUCAUCCUGCAUAGAAAGGGUCUGGACUGUGGUCUGGAGACCCCAAACCCCGGCAUCAACUGUACCACUACUGAGGGACAGGUCAGUGGUCCUCCACCACACACACACAUGGCUCACCACAGACACAACUGGAUAGUGCUGUAGGUUGCACACACACACAUGCAGUUGGAGUCAUUAUAGCAGUCUGGAAAGGUUAUUCUAUCAUACACACUCUCUACCCCUCUUUCACAAACUGUAUCUGUCACUCUCUCUCUCUCUACAUCUAUCUCUCUCUCUCUCUACAUCUAUCUCUCUCUCUCUCUACAUCUAUCUCUCUCUCUCUCUACAUCUAUCUCUCUCUCUCUCUACAUCUCUCUCCUUGUGUCUGUCCCUCCAGCUGGGUGUGUCGUCUCUGUUCCGUAACCUGGACCUCCAGCUGCUACAGCCCGUGUCUCUGUCCCUGAUGUACUCCAGCCCCCCUCUGGCCAACGACUCCUCCGUCAGCUUGGAGCCCAUGGAGAUCUCAGCCUUCAGGCUCAAACUGCGCUAGCCGGGCCCAGAUACACACCUCCACACCAGACCAGACCCACCCAGACCAGUUCUGGUCACACCUGGUCCUGCUCUGUUCAGUUUUAUUCUAUAGGAAGACUGCCUCCCAGUGCACAGAGGGGUGGCCACGCUGGGGCUUCCUGGUCCCACCUGUGUAUACAACACACACACACUACACACACACACACACCCUGAACUGUAAAUUCAGCCUGUAAGAGCAGGUGGCCACCAUGACUAGACUCUAUCUGCAGGGGGCAGAAGAUGGUUGUCGCAGACACAGACAGACAAUCUCAGUGAACCAGAAACCUUUUGGGGAUUUUGUGAUAAUAAAGGUGAUGUCUUUAUCAGAGAACAGAUACUGGUGGUCUUCUGCCUUUGCAUUGCAGUAGUAAUGUCAAGUAACAGAAACAUAUUUUCUUUUCAGUUUUUGAUGGAACUUUAUUUGACUUUUUUUUUAUCCCAUCCUGGACUAACUACUGAAUGUAAAUAUCACAAGGAUAAGGACCUGGGAAUAACGUGGAGACGAGUGCAAUUUCUAAAGCUUUAUUUGGUGUGGACAUUUUUAUUUUAUUUUUUUCCUUUAAUGGAGCCUAGAGAACUGUUAAUUCCAUUACGUGCUCAUCAAUGCUCAUUGUUUUCUAUUGACUGCAUUGACCAACUGAAUGCAGCUGUGUAUUAGCAGUGUGAAUGUGUGCUCUCUCUCUCAGUAGAGGAGCCGAGGCUAUGAAUCUGUAAGAUACUGUAUGUCAGGUAGUCAGUCACUCUGUAGUCACGACCAGACUGGUGACUAGAUCACUCUUAACGAAAUCAUAAAUAUCACGCAAAUGUUUUGCUUUCAGUCAUCAUCUCCCUAUCGGAUGACUGUACGGCCUGCUAUCCUUUCAAUCCCCCCCUCCCCUUGCUUGUAGAUGGUCUGAAGACAUUCACAUUUUUGGACAUGAGCCUCUCUCAAAGCUAUCAUGUCCCGAUGAGUUGGCUGGCUGUGGAGGACCUGUAAUGGAAUUUUAAGGUAUGUUUGUAUUUAAAUGCUCCUAAAGCCAUUCUUGUUGUGUACUAUACUGUGUGCAGUAGAAGAUACAACUAUGAUGACGAUACCUCAUAUUUAACAUAUGACACAUUGGUAUGUAUAGUAUAUUGCUGUGGAAAACUUCUGUGAAGAUACAGUAUACCAGAGGAGUAGUGAGUGUGGAGUGAGACCCAGAUUGCAGUAUCAAGGACAAGGUGUCAUAUUAGUGAGUCUGUGUAGUAGUGAUGGUGGAGCAUCAGGCUACUUUCUUGUCUCCUUGUUUCAAAGCCAGGCAUGGAGUUCCCUUGUGUUUGCAGGCAAGAUUGUGGUUCAACCUUCACUACCUAAUUAUGUGGAAACAUGGUCAAACAAACAGGGGUCCUCCAGGGCUGACUUUGACAACCAGUUAACUUUUGCAUAAGUGGUCUUUUAUCAGCUUUCAUCAUAAAACAUCUCUAUAGCCUUGACCCUGGUGGGGGGAAAGGACUCUAUGAUCCAUAUAUCUAUAGCCUUGACCCUGGUGGGGUGAAAGGACUCUAUGAUCCAUAUCUGUCUUUGGUGGUGGUGUUGAAGGUAAAACAUCAGUAAUGGCAGAUGCACUAUGUUCAUAUCGGCCAUUUCUCACUAUAUGUUUCUCCUCUGCCUCUUCUACCAUCCUAGUAUCAGUGGAGGCUGGUGGCAGGAUCUAUAGGAGGACGGGCUAAUUUGGUAUGGCUGAAAUAGAAUGAAUGGAACUGAGUCAAACAUGUCAUUUCCAUAUGUUUGAUAUCGUUCAAUUUUUUCCAUUCCAACCAUUACAAUGAGCCUGUCCUCCUAUACCACCUCCCACCAGCCUCCACUGCCUAGUAUCCAAUGCUACAUUUCCUCUGUGCUUUUUAUAUUUAUCCACCCUGCUGUCCUCUUACACAGUUCAGGGUUCACUCAAACAUAGUUUUAAGCAUUAUUUUACUAUUGACAUUUACAGCUGAUUUCGGGAUUGUAUAUCGAUUUCCUCUCCUUAAAUAUGUCAUCUGAUUUAUUUGUUUCAGUCUCUGAAUUGUUUAAUCAAACUUUUCGCCGCCAGCUCCUGAUAUCAGGGCUAGGUCCGAGCUCGUUUUCCCUGGCCAAACUAGCUGGCUAGCUGAACAAUGCUAGUUUUCGUCCUCAUUGCCAAACUUCAUAAAUACUGCACCCUCAACUUCAAAACUUAUUUCGUAGUUAUACAAUCAUGUAACUAAGAAAUUUGCCAGAAAUAAACGUACAUGUAUUUAUUGUUUUGUUGGAUAGUCAUGACUGGUUCGAGAUAUGUCGUAAGACGACGGUGGGGAAGGAUAGCAUUGCUACUUAACACAGAUCCAAGUUCAGUUUGGAGAUCCACCGGCGUCAUUGGCGUAGGGUUAGCUGGAUGUUUCUGACUGGUCUUGGAACUGUGAUAACUCGCAGACUCUCCUCGCUUGGCUCGAUGGGAUAUGUAGUGAUUCUGCUAACACAGCCAGAUAUGUACACAGUCUUGUACCCUUAACCUUUUUUUAACUGCCUAUUGUAUUUGUUGAUUAAAUCUGACUAUUAAUAUAAUGAGUAAUCCAGGAAUGUCACAAGUUAAUUGACACGCGAACAUUUUGACAAUAGCAACACUACUGAGAGAAAUGAGUACGGUUACAUGCACACAAUAAGAUUGUGAAUAGUCAGAUUACUAUAAUGGUUUCAUUUAAACUUUUACAUGCUUUGCAAGAAGAAUGAUUUCCAUAAUAAUCCUGUUUAAAUGAACACAUCUGAAAUCAGACUACCUGAUGGGACUUUGAUAAAGGCAGAAAAUCGCCAAUCAAAAUAAACGUUCUACCACAGCGACCAUGUUAUUUUUGUGAAGCCUAUUUGAUUCUGAGUUCGGACACACAAACUUUAUAUGUUAACUAUUUCUAAGAUUAAUACUUUGUUUUUCCGAACUCACUUCACAAAUCAAAAAGAAGGAAGCUUGCGCUGUUCGUGCUAGCACAUGGACAGAUCAAAUAAACCGCUUUAACUCUGAUUAAGGCAUUUACAUGUCCUACUAAUCUGAAAGAUUGCUCAGAUAAUCAAGUGUUUUAAUCGCUGUAUGCUUGCUUCGAUUAUGUCCUUAGGCCGAUUUUAAGAUGAGCAGAGUAAGGUGUCUACAUGACUAAUGCCAUACUCGGCCUACUGCCAUAAUCGGUUUAAUAUCAAAUUAUUAGCGUGCAUGUACAGUGGGGAAAAAAAGUAUUUAGUCAGCCACCAAUUGUGCAAGUUCUCCCACUUAAAAAGAUGAGAGAGGCCUGUAAUUUUCAUCAUAGGUACACGUCAACUAUGACAGACAAAAUGAGGGGGAAAAAAUCCAGAAAAUCACAUUGUAGGAUUUUUUAAAUGAAUUUAUUUGCAAAUGAUGGUGGAAAAUAAGUAUUUGGUCAAUAACAAAAGUUUCUCAAUACUUUGUUAUAUACCCUUUGUUGGCAAUGACACAGGUCAAACGUUUUCUGUAAGUCUUCACAAGGUUUUCACACACUGUUGCUGGUAUUUUGGCCCAUUCCUCCAUGCAGAUCUCCUCUAGAGCAGUGAUGUUUUGGGGCUGUCGCUGGGCAACACGGACUUUCAACUCCCUCCAAAGCUUUUCUAUGGGGUUGAGAUCUGGAAACUGGCUUGGCCACUCCAGGACCUUGAAAUGCUUCUUACGAAGCCACUCCUUCGUUGCCCGGGUGGUGUGUUUGGGAUCAUUGUCAUGCUGAAAGACCCAGCCACGUUUCAUCUUCAAUGCCCUUGCUGAUGGAAGGAGGUUUUCACUCAAAAUCUCACGAUACAUGGCCCCAUUCAUUCUUUCCUUUACACGGAUCAGUCGUCCUGGUCCCUUUGCAGAAAAACAGCCCCAAAGCAUGAUGUUUCCACCCCCAUGCUUCACAGUAGGUAUGGUGUUCUUUGGAUGCAACUCAGCAUUCUUUGUCCUCCAAACACGACGAGUUGAGUUUUUACCAAAAAGUUAUAUUUUGGUUUCAUCUGACCAUAUGACAUUCUCCCAAUCCUCUUCUGGAUCAUCCAAAUGCACUCUAGCAAACUUCAGACGGGCCUGGACAUGUACUGGCUUAAGCAGGGGGACACGUCUCGCACUGCAGGAUUUGAGUCCCUGGCGGCGUAGUGUGUUACUGAUGGUAGGCUUUGUUACUUUGGUCCCAGCUCUCUGCAGGUCAUUCACUAGGUCCCCCCCGUGUGGUUCUGGGAUUUUUGCUCACCGUUCUUGUGAUCAUUUUGACCCCACGGGGUGAUAUCUUGCGUGGAGCCCCAGAUCGAGGGAGAUCAUCAGUGGUCUUGUAUGUCUUCCAUUUCCUAAUAAUUGCUCCCACAGUUGAUUUCUUCAAACCAAGCUGCUUACCUAUUGCAGAUUCAGUCUUCCCAGCCUGGUGCAGGUCUACAAUUUUUGUUUCUGGUGUCCUUUGACAGCUCUUUGGUCUUGGCCAUAGUGGAGUUUGGAGUGUGACUGUUUGAGGUUGUGGACAGGUGUCUUUUAUAUUGAUAACAAGUUCAAACAGGUGCCAUUAAUACAGGUAACGAGUGGAGGACAGAGGAGCCUCUUAAAGAAGAAGUUACAGGUCUGUGAGAGCCAGAAAUCUUGCUUGUUUGUAGGUGACCAAAUACUUAUUUUCCACCAUAAUUUGCAAAUACAUUUAAUUAAAAAUCCUACAAUGUGAUUUUCUGGAAAGAAAAUUCUCAAUUUGUCUGUCAUAGUUGACGUGUAUCUAUGAUGAAAAUUACAGGCCUCUCUCAUCUUUUUAAGUGGGAGAACUUGCACAAUUGGUGGCUGACUAAAUACUUUUCCCCCCCACUGUAAACAUACUCACUAGCUAUGUUUCCAUUAACUUGUCCUGUGAUUCUUUCAUUUUUUUGGGCGGUGGGGGGUGACAUUUAGAAAGUUCGCAUAAAAACAGAUGAGACAAGUGACUGCUAGGGUGCGUUUCCAUUUAACUAUCUUGUGUUGAUAUAAACACAAACCUACAGUGAUGAAUAAAAAUGUAGUGGUUGAAGUGUUACCCAUUUAGGCAAAUUGUGCAUUCAUAAAUUGGCGACAGCCUGUAUGCCCUCCCACCUAUCUGUUUCAUGUAACCGGUAGCAAGGAUAGAAUGCAAGAAUAUUUGCCAUAUUCUAGUAAUUCUCAUGUGCCAACAUAUUGCCACGGUCCGUGCCAUGGUGAAACUUGCACUGGAAAUAAUUGGAUGGGGAAACCUGCAUCCAGCCAACCAGAAAAGCAAUUAAGCCAUUCUUUAAAGUCAGGAAAAGGAUCCUGCAAAGAAACAUACUUUUUAUAGUUAAAAAAAUUGAUUUAGCAGGCAGUAGGCAUUUAGAGUUGUGUUGACAUCACGUGCCGCGCGUACCUUCAAAAAUAUUUGCCAAUCAUCAUUUAUUCGAAAAACACAGUUUCCAUAAUUUGUCGCUAUAAAGGAAGUUAAACAAAAGAAAAAUCCACCCCUCUCGAAUGGAUAAAAGUGUUGUCUUUCUACACUGUAGAAAAAUACAUUUGAGUAUACCAAACAUUAGGAACACCUUCCUUAUAUUGAGUUGCAGAACAGAACAGCUCAAUUCGUCGGGGAAUGGACUCUACAAGGUGCCGAAAGCGUUCCACAAGGAUGCUGGCCCAUGUUGACUGCAAUGCGUCACACAGUUGUGUCAAGUUCGCUGGAUGUCCUUUGGAUAGUGGACCAUUCUUGAUACACACAGGAAACUGUUGAGCGUGAAAAACCCAGCCGAGUUGCAGUUCUUGACACAAACCGGUGCGCCUGGCAUCUACUACCAUACCUCGACUUCUUGGCUCUGACGGAAACAUGGAUUACCACAGAAAACACUGCUACUCCUACUGCUCUUUCCUCGUCUGAUCAUGUGUUCUCGCAUACCCCGAGAGCAUCUGGUCAGCGUGGCGGUGGCACAGGAAUCCUCAUCUCUCCCAAGUGGACAUUCUCUUUUUCCCCUGACCCAUCUGUCUAUCUCCUCAUUUGAAUUCCAUGCUGUCACAGUCACUAGCCCAUUCAAGCUUAACAUCCUUAUCGUUUAUCGCCCUCCAGGUUCCCUUGGAGAGUUCAUCAAUGAGCUUGACGCCUUGAUAAGUUCCUUUCCUGAGGAUGGCUCACCCCUCACAGUUCUGGGUGACUUUAACCUCCCUACGUCUGCCUUUGACUCAUUUCUCUCUGCCUCCUUCUUUCCACUCCUUUCCUCUUUUGACCUCACCCCUCUCACCGUCCCGUCCCCCUACUCACAAGGCAGGCAACACGCUUGACCUAAUCUUUACUAGAUGCUGUUCUUCUACUAAUCUCACUGCAACUCCCCUCCAAGUCUCCAACCACUACUUUGUAUCCUUUUCUCUCUCGCUCUCCUCCAACACUACUCACUCUGCCCCUACUCAGUUGGUAAUGUGCCGUCGCAACCUUCGCUCUCUCUCUCCCGCUACUCUCUCCUCUUCCAUCCUAUCAACUCUUCCCUCUGCUAAAUCCUUCUCCCUCCGAUCUCCUGAUUCUGCCUCGUCAACCCUCCUCUCCUCCCUUUCUGCAUCUUUUGACUCUAUGUCCCCUAUCCUCCCGGCCGGCUCGGUCCUCCCCUCCUGCUCCGUGGCUUGAUGACUCAUUGCGAGCUCACAGAACAGGGCUCUGGGCAGCCGAGCGGAAAUGGAGGAAAACUAGACUCCUCUACAUUCUCUUCCUCUGUUUCUGCUGCUAAAGCCACUUUCUACCACUUUAAAUUUCAAGCUUCUGCCUCUAACCCUAGGAAGCUCUUUGCCACCUUCUCCUCCCUGCUGAAUCCUCCUCCUCCUCCCCCUCCCUCCUCCCUCUCUGUGGAUGACUUCGUCAACCAUUUUUGAAAAGAAUGAUGAAAUCUUGCGACUUGUGACGGCCGGCUGCCCAACAACCUGCCCGCUUGACCCUAUUCCCUCCUCUCUUCUCCAGACCAUUUCCUGAGACCUUCUCCCUUACCUCACCUCGCUCAUCAACUCAUCCUUGACCGCUGGCCAUGUCCCUUCCGUCUUUAAGAGAGCGAGAGUUGCACCCCUCCUAAAAAAACCUACACUCGAUCCCUCUGAUGUCAACAACUACAGACCAGUAUCCCUUCUUUCUUUUCUCUCCAACUCUUGAGCGUGCCAUCUCUAGCCAACUCUCCUGCUAUCUCUCUCAGAAUGACCUUCUUGAUCCAAACCAGUCAGGUUUCAAGACUGGUCAUUCAACUGAGACUGCUCUUCUCUGUGUCACGGAGGCUCUCCGCACUGCUAAAGCUAACUCUCUCUCCUCUGCUCUUAUCCUUCUAGACCUAUCCGCUGCCUUUGAUACUGUGAACCAUCAGAUCCUCCUCUCCACCCUCUCCGAGUUGGGCAUCUCCGGCGCUGCUCACUCUUGGAUUGUGUCCUACCUGACAGGUCACUCCUACCAGGUGCCGUGGUGAGAAUCUGUCUCCGCACCAUGUGCUCUCACCACUGGUGUCCCCCAGGGCUCAGUUCUAGACCCUCUCCUAUUCUCUCUAUACACCAAGUCACUUGGCUCUGUCAUAUCCUCACAUGGUCUCUCCUAUCAUUGCUACGCAGACGACACACAAUUAAUUUUCUCCUUUCCCCCUUCUGAUAACUAGGUGGCGAAUCGCAUCUCUGCAUGUCUAGCAGACAUAUCAGUGUGGAUGUCGGAUCACCACCUCAAGCUGAACCUCGGCAAGACGGAGCUGCUCUUCCUCCCGGUGAAGGACUGCCCGCUCCAUGAUCUCGCCAUCACGGUUGACAACUCCAUUGUGUCCUCCUCCCAGAGUGCAAAGAACCUUGGCCUGACCCUGGACAACACCCUGUCGUUCUCCGCUAACAUCAAAGCGGUGACCCGAUCCUGCAGGUUCAUGCUCUACAACAUUCGCAGAGUACGACCCUACCUUACACAGAAAGCAGCACAGGUCCUAAUUCAGGCACUUGUCAUCUCCUGUCUGGAUUACUGCAACUUGCUGUUGGCUGGGCUCCCUGCAUGUGCCAUUAAACCCCUACAACAUAUCCAGAACGCUGCAGCUCGUCAGGUGUUCAACCUUCCCAAGUUCUCUCAUGUCACCCCACUCCUCCGCACACUCCACUGGCUUCCAGUUGAGGCUCGCAUCUACUACAAGACCAUGGUGCUUGCCUACAGAGCUGUGAGGGGAACGGCACCUCCUUACCUUCAGGCCCUACACCCAAACGAGGGCGCUACGUUCAUCCACCUCUGGCCUGCUAGCUCCCCUACCUCUACGGAAGCACAGUUCCCGCUCAGCCCAGUCAAAGCUAUUCGCUGUUCUGGCACCCCAAUGGUGGAACAAGCUCCCCCACGACGCCAGGACAGCGGAGUCACUGACCACCUUCCGGAGACACUUGAAACCCUACCUCUUUAAGGAAUACCUGGAAUAGUAUAAAAGUAAUCCUUCUACCCCCACCCCCCAUUAAAAAAUAAAUAAAAAAGUGGUUGUCCCACUGGCUAUCAUAAGUUGAAUGCACCAAUUUGUAAGUCACUCUGGAUAAGAGCGUCUGCUAAAUGACGUAAAUGUAAUACCCCGUUCAAAGGCAUUUAAAUAUUUUGUCUUGCCCAUUCACCGUCUGAAUGGCACACAUCCACAAUCCAUGUCUCAAGGCUUUAAAAUCCUUCUUUAAUCUUUCUCCUCUUCUUAAUCUACACUGAUUUGAAGUGGAUUUAACCAGUGGCAUCAAUAAGGGAUCAUAGCUUUCACCUGGAUUCACCUGGUGGAAAGAGCAGGUGUUCUUAAUGUUUUUUAUACUCAGUGUAUAAACGCAACGUAAAGUGUUGUUCCCAUGUUUCAUGAGCUGAAAUAAAAGAUCCCAGAAAUGUUCCAUAUGCACAGAAAUCUUAUUUCUCUAAUUUUGUGCACAUUUGUUUACAUCCCUGUUAGCAUCUCAUUUGUCAAGAUAAUCCAUCCACCUGGCAGGUGUGGCAUAUCAAAAAGCUGACUAAACAGAAUGAUCAUUACACAGGUGCACCUUGUGCUGGGGACAAAAGGCCACUCGUGCAGUUUUGUCACACAACACAAUGCCACAGAUGCCUCAAGUUUUGAGGGAGCGUGCAUUUGUCAUGCUGACUGCAGGAAUGUCCACCAGAGCUGUUGCCAGAAUUGAAUGUUAAUUUAUCUACCAUAAGCCACCUCCAAAUGUCAUUGUAGAGAAUUUGGCGGGCAUGUUACCUAUUGAGCAUGUUUGGGAUGCUCUGGAUCGACGUGUACGACAGCGUGUUCCAGUUCCCGCCAAUAUCCAUCAACUUCGCACAGCCAUUGAAGAGGAGUGGGACAGUAUUCCACAGGCCUCAAUCAACAGCUUGAUCAACUCUAUGCAAAGGAGAUUGUGUGCUGCAUGAGGCAAAUGGUGGUCACACCAGAUACUGACUGGUUUUCUGAUCCACGCCCCUACCUUUUUUUAAGGUAUCUGUGACCAACGGAUGCAUAUCUGUAUUCCCAGGUCAUGUGAAAUCCAUAGAUUAGGGCCUAAUUUAUUUAUUUAAAUUGACUGAUUUCUUUAUAUGAACUGUAACUCAGUCAAAUCUUUGAAAUUGUUGCAUGUUGCGUUUAUAUUUUUGUUCAGUAUAUAAACUAGAGUACCAGUGAGGAUUUCUUACCACUGGACAACUUGUUACAGCUGUUGAUAAGUCAUUGAUAAUAAUCGGCCAAUCUUUUUCAUGUCAUUACAUUAAGAUAUAAGGGGGGAUCAUAGCUAUAGUCAAUCAAAUUCACGAGUUGAUUUAAAACCUAUGUUUAACUAUUUAUCAUGGUCGGUGUCUUGACUGAUUUGUCCAAAAUUGUGUGACAAAACAUGACUUGUCUGUCCUUGCAUUUAUGGCAGUGUUAAGUUGUCCCUAUAUCCAGUAGCGGUGCAUGGGAAAAAUCAAUGGGAACCCCCCCCCCCCCCCCCCCCCAAAAAAAUACAAAUAUUACAACGUAUGUGUUGUGAAAAUUGCAUUGUUUGCUCAAUAACCUGUUAGUUCAUAUACCUUGCGACCGUGAUAUACAGUAUAAGCCUAAAGGCCGAGACAAUAACUAUUGAUUUAGAACCACAGAGUUACCGCAAGUCGCAAAGAAAACAGGACCUGCCUCCACUAUUCCAGCAACAUUUCAACAUCAUCAAAUCACCUCUGCUUAGUCUAAUACAGUGACAACUAAAAGAUACCAAAAUCAAUUUAGUCCAAUCAACGUAAGCUAAAUAUGAUUUGGCUGUCCAUGGUUCUGAUUUCUGUGUGUGUGUGUGUGUGUGUGUGCGUGCGCGUUCGUGUUCGUGGAAGUAGAAAAACAUGUUGACUCACCCUACUUGCAGAGAAACGCCAAUGCCAUCUUCCUCUCUUUCAUGUUGACGAAACGGUCUCUCUGUCAUACAGUACACGCUUUUAUUUUUUGUUGUCCUAGGCUACCUGGCUAAAAUGCUUGCUCGCUAGCUUAACUUCCAUUAAUGGGCAACGUUAGGUAGUUAACAUCAGCCUUCUACAUCUAGCUACAUAUUUAACUUCCAUCCUCUCAGGCCAGGGGAACAACACUGUAUGAAUUAAUGGUUGGAUCAGAAUCGCCGUUAUAAUCAUUGGCCAGUACGGAGAAUUAAGUAAAACCACAAGUCCAAAUCCCUAUCUCCAUCCAUGGCCAAUUUAGGAAAGGGACAACACAAUGAAAUGCAACAAUUCAAGUUUUUCUGUCAAUGACGUAUGCUCUCAAUGGAAUUUGAUAGUAGGGAUGCAAUUCAAGAUGGUAUACCUUGACACUUUUUUUGGUGCUCCAGGGCCAUUCACAGUUGAACUCGCUCAGUUUAGCUCAACGCUGAUUGGCUAAUUUUGUAUACUUUUUUUGUCAAGAGUUCAGAUGCUCGCUGGCUUCCCUUGCCUUCAAUGCUACAGGGCGGCAACAAUGUCAUACUCGUUUGGACCAGACGGCAUCAGAUAGAUGGCCUACACGUAGAGAGACAGAGGGGCGCUGUUUCGCUCGCUCGGAUGCUUUCUCCUCUGAGAUACAUUCAGCCUCUUGCGAAUUGAAGGAAAAUUAUGAAACACAGAGAGAUGAAAUAAUUUUUUGUGUGUUUUUUGUCAAUUUUUUGUGUUAGCCUGGCUUCCCUUGGCAUCCACGAAUACACACCACAGGUUAUAUAAUAUAUUAAGCAUUAAUCAGUUAAAUUAGACAUUGAACUUCAACCCUGUAAGAAUCCUGGAUCUAGCUCUCUGACAGUUUUUUGUACUUAACAUUGUGUCUCCUUAUGUUAGGGGUUUCACAGGCACACAAAUCCAUAAUUAUGUAUGCGAUUUUGGAUUGCAAAAUCAAAUGCUUCUAACCGAAAGAGUCGCCUUACCUUGAUACUUAAAACCCAAAUGAUACAGUCAUUAAAGUGGUUAUUCAAUAAUUAUGCAUAAUACUUGUUGGAUAUACAUUUGGUUUCCAGCUGAUUAGUUACAUGGUAAUAUUUUCCCACAUCAUCAUCUGAUUCCAGGAAGGAAUUUUCUGAAUUACAGUGAAGUGAAGAACAGUGAAGUGAAAAAAAGGUGUUCGCAAGGAAUGUCCAGAAUAUUUUAGUGUCUCAUUCUUUACACCAGUGAAGAAAGUUGUGCCUGGAUCCAGAUUGGAUCUACAGUGAAUUCGGAAAGUGUUCAGACCCCUUGACUUUUUCCACAUUUUGUUAUGUUACAGCCUUAUUCUAAAAUGGAUUAAAUUAUUGCGACACACCCAUUGCUAUUCCUAUUAAUUAUUAUGGAUAUAAUGACAACAAAUUGCAUAGCCUAGUGGGCUUAUUCACAAUUAUCUGGUAAUGAAAUAACAUAACAAAUACAUUUUGCUUUCCAUGUUACACCUGCAAUGAAAUAGCCUACUUGAAUGUGGAGCUCAGAAAUUCAAGUAGGCUUAGUGGAAUAGGCCUACCUUGAAAAUCAGACAUUUCCUCAAUUUGGUUCUUGAAAAGUGCUUGUAAUUAUUUUAAUCAGAUCUAUAAGUUCUCCUGCUCCCUUAUAAUUAUCUGUGAUUUAAUUUUUUAUCUGUUUUUGUUAGAGAUGUAGCCACUUUCGUUUGUUUCCCCCGCUUCAAUUGAAGGGUGUUGCGCUACUCUGUUGAAGUAGAACCACGUGCGGUUAUUAUGAGGACGACAACAUCUAAUGCUGGCUUCAACUUGGCUUUCCAUACAAAUGCUUCCAUUAAAAGAGGAACAUGGUUUUUGGUCACUUUAUCAUGAUAAAAACAGCUAUGGUGAGAUUCAAUGGUGCGAUUAAUGCUACCGCUAUUCAUGGCUUUAUUGUGUGUGCCUGCGUCGGCCACAUAUAGUGAGGGGGAAAAAGUAUUUGAUCCCCUGCUGAUUUUGUACGUUUGCCCACUGACAAAGAAAUGAUCAGUCUAUGAUUUUAAUGGUAGGUUUAUUUGAACAGUGAGAGACAGAAUAACAACAACAAAAAUCCAGAAAAAUGCAUGUAAAAAAUGUUAUAAAUUGAUUUGCAUUUUAAUGAGGGAAAUAAGUAUUUGACCACUCUGCAAAACAUGACUUAGUACUUGGUGGCAAAACCCUUGUUGGCAAUCACAGAGGUCAGACGUUUCUUGUAGUUGGCCACCAGGUUUGCACACAUCUCAGGAGGGAUUUUGUCCCACUCCUCUUUGCAGAUCUUCUCCAAGUCAUUAAGGUUUCGAGGCUGAUGUUUGGCAACUCGAACCUUCAGCUCCCUCCACAGAUUUUCUAUGGGAUUAAGGUCUGGAGACUGGCUAGGCCACUCCAGGACCUUAACGUGCUUCUUCUUGAGCCACUCCUUUGUUGCCUUGGCCGUGUGUUUUGGGUCAUUGUCAUGCUGGAAUACCCAUCCACAACCCAUUUUCAAUGCCCUGGCUGAGGGAAGGCGGUUCUCACCCAAGAUUUGAUGGUACAUGGCCCCGUCCAUCGUCCCUUUGAUGCAGUGAAGUUGUCCUCUCCCCUUAGCAGAAAAACGACCCCAAAGCAUAAUGUUUCCACCUCCAUGUUUGACGGUGGGGAUGGUGUUCUUGGGGUCAUAGGCAGCAUUCCUCCUCCUCCAAACACGGCGAGUUGAGUUGAUGCCAAAGAGCUCGAUUUUGGUCUCAUCUGACCACAACACUUUCACCCAGUUCUCCUCUGAAUCAUUCAGAUGUUCAUUGGCAAACUUCAGACGGGCCUGUAUAUGUGCUUUCUUGAGCAGGGGGACCUUGCGGGCGCUGCAGGAUUUCAGUCCUUCACGGCGUAGUGUGUUACCAAUUGUUUUCAUGGUGACUAUGGUCCCAGCUGCCUUGAGAUCAUUGACAAGAUCCUGGGCUGAUUCCUCACCGUUCUCAUCAUUGCAACUCCACGAGGUGAGAUCUUGCAUGGAGCCCCAGGCCGAGGGAGAUUGACAGUUAUUUUGUGUUUCUUCCAUUUGCGAAUAAUCGCACCAACUGUUGUCACCUUCUCACCAAGCUGCUUGGCGAUGGUCUUGUAGCCCAUUCCAGCCUUGUGUAAGUCUACAAUCUUGUCGCUGACAUCCUUGGAGAGUUAAAAUGCAAAUCAAUUUAUAACAUUUUUGACAUGCGUUUUUCUGGAUUAUUUUGUUGUUAUUCUGUCUCUCACUGUUCAAAUAAACCUACCAUUAAAAGUAUAGACUGAUCAUUUCUUUGUCAGUGGGCAAAUGUACAAAAUCAGCAGGGGAUCAAAUACUUUUUUCCCUCACUGUAAGUCAUACCACAGAUUCUCAAUUGGAUUGAGGUCUGGGCUUUGACUAGGCCAUUCCAAGACAUUUAAAUGUUUCCCCUUAAACCACUCAAGUGUUGCUUUAGCAGUAUGCUUAGGGUCAUUGUCCUGCUGGAAGGUGAACCUCCAUCCCAGUCUCAAAUCUCUGGAAGACUGAAACAGGUUUCCCUCAAGAAUUUCCCUGUAUUUAGCGCCAUCCAUCAUUCCUUCAAUUCUGACCAGUUUCCCAGUCCCUGCCGAUGGAAAAACAUCCCCACAACAUGAUGCUGCCACCACCAUGCUUCACUGUGGGGAUGGUGUUCUCGGGGUGAUGAGAGGUGUUGGGUUUGCCCCAGACAUAGCGUUUUCCUUGAUGGCCAAAAAGCUCAAUUUUAGUCUCAUCUGACAAGAGUAACUUCUAACAUAUGCUUGGGGAGUCUCCCACAUGCCUUUUUGGGCGAUCAAUACAAGUGAGGGUGGGGAGCUCUAUGUCAGAAAGCUAUGAGGUAGAUAAUGGUACCCCCCAGGGAAGUGUCAUUAGUCCUUUGUUGUUCUCCAUUAUGAUUGACAAUGUAUUCUCCCAGGUGAGACCUGAUAUUGGGAGGUCACUGUUUGCGGAUGAUGGGGCACUGUGGAAGAGCUAACAUGCUAAGUAGUUGCAAAGUAGCUAAAAAGUAGUAAGUAGUUUAAAAGUUGCUAAUUAGCUAAAAUGCUAAAGUUGUCCAUGAUGAGAUUCGAACUCGCAACCUAAAGGUCUCACCUGGGAGAAUACAUUGUCAAUCAUAAUGGAGAACAACAAAGGACUAACAACAAAGGAAAUAACUCUUCUACAGCUAGAAGAGUUCAAGAAUCAAAUCAAAUCAAUUUUUAUUUGUCACAUGUGCCUUACCGUGAAAUGUUUACUUACAAGCCCUUAACCAACAAUGCAGAUCAAGAAAUAGAGUUAAGAAAAUAUUUAAACUAAAGCAAAAAAUAAAAUAAAAAGUAACACAAUAAAAUUACAUAACAAUAACGAGGCUAUAUACAGGGGGUUCCGGAACCGAGUCAAUGUGCGGGGAUACAGGUUAGUCGAGGUAAUUUGUACAUUUAGGUAGGGGUAAAGUGACUAUGCAUAGAUAAUAAACAUCGAGUAGCAGCAGUAUAAAAACAAAGGGUGGGGGGGUCAAUGUAAAUAGUCCGGGUGGCCUUUGACAUUUGAUUAAUUGUUCAGCAGUCUUAUAGCUUGGGGGUAGAAGCUGUUAAGUAGCCUUUUGGACCUAGACUUGGCGCUCUGGUACCGCUUGCCGUGCAUCAGCAGAGAGAACAGUCUAUAACUUGGGUGACUGGAGUCUUUGACAAUUUUUUGGGCCUUCCUCUGACACGCCUGGUAUAUAGGUCCUGGAUGGCAGAAAGCUUGGCCCCAGUGAGGUAUUGGGCCGUAUGCACUACCCUCUGUAGCGCCUUGCGGUCGGAUGCCGAGCAGUUGCCAUACCAGGCGGUGAAGCAACCGGUCAGGAUGCUCUCGAUGGUGCAGCUGUAGAACUUUUUGAGGAUCUGGGGACCCAUGCCAAAUCUUUUCAGUCUCCUGAGGGGGAAAAGGUGUUGUCAUGUCCUCUUCAUGACUGUCUUGGUGUGUUUGGACCAUGAUAGUUUGUUGGUGAUGUGGACACCAAGGAACUUGAAACUCUCUACCCGCUCCACUACAGCCCCGUCAAUGUUAAUGGGGGCCUGUUCGGCCCUCCUUUUUCUGUAGUCCUCGAUCAUCUCAUUUGUCUUGCUCGCAUUGAGGGAGAGGUUGUUGUCCUGGCACCACACUGCCAGGUCUCUGACCUCCUCCCUAUAGGCUGUCUCAUCGUUGUCGGUGAUCAGGCGUACCACUGUUGUGUCGUCUGCAAACUUAAUGAUGGUGUUGGAGUCGUGCUUGGCCACGCAUUCGUGGGUGAACAGGGAGUACAGGAGGGGACUAAGCACGCACCCCUGAGGGGCCCCGGUGUUGAGGAUCAGCGUGGCAGAUGUAGUGUUGCCUACCCUUACCACCUGGGGGUGGCCCGUCAGGAAGUCCAGGAUCCAGUUGCAGAGGGAGGUGUUUAGUCCCAGGGUCUUUAGCUUAGUGAUGAACUUUGUGGGCACUAUGGUGUUGAACGCUGAGCUGUAGUCAAUGAACAGCAUUCUCACAUAGGUGUUCCUUUUGUCCAGGUGGGAAAGGGCAGUGUGUUGAGAUUGCGUCAUCUGUGGAUCUGUUGGGGCGAAUUGGAGUGGGUCUAGGGUUUCCAGGAUGAUGGUGUUGAUGUGAGCCAUGCCCAGCCUUUCAAAGCACUUCAUGGCUACCGACGUGAGUGCUACGGGGCGGUAGUCAUUUAGGCAGGUUACCUUCGCAUUCUUGGGCACAGUGACUAUGGUGGUCUGCUUGAAACAUGUAGGUAUUACAGACUCGGUCAGGGAGAGGUUGAAAAUGUCAGUGAAGACACUUGCCAGUUGGUCCACGCAUGCUUUGAGUACACGUCCUGGUAAUCCAUCCUGGUAAAGUAGCCACACCUGCGGAGUGCGUUAUAUGACUGAAGAGGGUAUGUCUGAAACUGAGACCAGGUUGAGGGCCUGAGGGUGAUCUCCACAGCACAGAGAGGAGAGCCUGCUGUGGCUGUGUGGGAGGGAGAUAAUGGAGUCAGGGAGGUAGAGGGCUGAGGGGUGAGAUGAUGCUGGAGGAACCCUGGGGCAACAAAACACUCUGCAUUGGAAUCCGUUUUAACAGAUGGGAUUUAUUUCUGGAUUAACAGAAUUUCUGACCUUUUGACAUCAGUAAUACUAUUCCUUAUCUUAUCCUGUAGAUAAGAUACUAUUCCUUCUUUUUUGUAGCUUGUCUUUGAACUGGACUGUAGCAUUUUAUCAUGAUUUUCUAUGUUUUUUACCAGUAUUUCUCAUCCCGUUCCCUAGCAGAGACUGGCAUGUUACAAAACUACUCAAAUUGAACCAAGUGCUUAAAAAGGCAACUUGGCAAACUAACUGGAACACUAGUGAACAGUAUUCGAUAGACCAUGACUGUUCUACAGGGAUCUGCUUAAAAGCCAGGAGCAGAAUCCAUCCAGCCAGCCUGGACCUCCAGAAGAUCCACACCAGCCAGAUACCCUCCACUACAGUAGAUCCUUCCUCCCACCCCCUGCAGCUAGGACAAAGAGGACAGACUAAAUUACCACUGAACAACCCCUACAAGUACAUGUGUGAGUGAAAUUCAAGUGAAUCUCCAUCUCUCCCUCAGAUUCAACACAUUCGCAGACACACUCAUUCACUCACUCACUCAAACACACAUACUUGCCAUGCAAGGUAUGCACGUUCCGGGUUCUGAAAUGAGCUACAAUUUCUCCCUGCAGAUCUUAUUAUGGGGGUGCAUUCAGAAUGUACUAUUAUCUUAGACCUGCUCCCCUCUGUACUUUUCUGAGGAAUGGAGAAAAUUUCCUGUUAAUGAACUCGGCAAAUACAACCUACACACACGCAAAACUUUUCAUAUGAAUCUAGUUUAAAUAUUAAUGUCCUAGUAUUUCAGCAGUAUUUAGGACUAGAGGAAGUUAUUGUAUCUCAGGGGGUUGUGGCGAUGCUCUUCCGGUAGCUGGAGAAAGUGGAAGAGAAAACGGUAGAGGAGAGAAGCCCUAGAUAUCAGGAAGUGGGCUUGUGUAUCGCUGGCAGGCACUGACAAAGCAUUAGUGGAGUGUGUGUUGUGUGAGUGUCUGUAAGCUUUGGCUGACUGCUAUGAAAGCACACCUACACAGAGCUCCCCAAGGGUGAUACAGAGCACAGAAUGGGUCAACACACCAGCUCUCAUCUCACAUGACUUCCAAAGUCAUUUUAUUUUAGCAUGACAUUUAUCCCCACAAUAUUGACAUCAAUCAUCAGUUAAAUAAAAAAGGAUAGAAAAUAAAUAAAAAUGCUAUAAAAUACAAUCUAUUUAAAAUAUGCUGUAACCGAUCUAUAAACAUUUCACCAUAGCAGUUCUUCUCACAUGCGAGACUCAAGGACUUUGAUUAUAUCAACCAGUCCAAAAUAUAUGUUCUUAAAGUUGACCAAUAACUUAAUAAUGCAUGUCUGCAAAUGUGUAAAUACCAGCAGGCCAAUACAUUUGCUUGUCAAAAUAUGUGAAAUGUGUAAUAACAAGAGAAAGAGAUUUAUCUUUUUUCCACUGAUAAAGACUUGGCGGAGAAACAAACCCUAAAAAUCAAUAGAGCCUCCAUGGAGAGAAUGAAAACAAAAUUAUCUUAUGUCUUGCCAAUAGCAAGACAAUAGAGACAUGUUGAGAAGGUCAAAUAGCUUUGGGUUAAGUGUUUCGUCUUCUUCUUCUUCAGAAAGAUGGGAACACACAGUACUGCAGGGUUGGUAAUCCCUCUGUAGGUAACCCAGCGUGCAAAUAGAAUAAAGUGGCUGACUAAUAUUACCUGCCAUCCCUUCUCCCACUUGUUAUGUAGUGUGUGUGUUUGCUGAUUGAUGCAUGGGCUUUCUGCUUACAUCCAAAGAACAACCACAAUAUUAGGAGUUUGGCCUUUCAACAAUUGUCUAUAUUGGUAUUAAGAUCUUGUAAGCUGUUGGUGACUAUUGCUAAGCUAAAGCUCAAUAGUUAUCAAAACCUUGAAGACUACUACAAAAGAGUCUGUGCUGGAUUGUUGAUGUGUUGUCUAUCUUGGGGUUUUAUUAGCUGCUGAAAAAAUGCUAGAGCCCACUGAUUAUGGAGAAGAGUAGGAAACUCAAAGAACAAACAGUAGGAAAAAGUUUAAUAAAAAAGUGUUUAAAGGCCCAGUGCAGUCAAAAAUGUGAUUAUCCUGUGUUUUAUAUACAGUGCAUUCGGAAAAUAUUCAGACCCCUUGACUUUUUCCACAUUUUAAUACGUUACAGCCUUAUUCUAAAAUGUAUUUUUUAAAAAAAAAAUCCUAAUUCAUCUACACACAAUACCCCAUAAUGACAAAGUGAAAACAGGUUUUUAGACAUUUUUACAAAUGUAUUAAAAAAUACUACAGAUCUGGCCACAUUGAAGGUCCCCAAGAACACAGUGGCCUCCAUCAUUCUUAAAUGGAAGACGUUUGGAACCACCAAGACUCUUCCUAGAGCUGGCCGCCCGGCCAAACUGAGCAAUCGGGGGAGAAGGGCCUGGGUCAGGGAGGUGACCAAGAUCCCGAUUUUCACUCUGACAGAGCUCCAGAGUUCCACUGUGGAGAUGGGAGAACCUUCCAGAAGGCCAACCAUCUCUGCAGCACUCCACCAAUCAAGCCUUUAUGGUAGAGUGGCCAGACGGAAGCCGCACCUCAGUAAAAGGCACAUGACAGCCCGCUUGGAGUUUACCAAAAGGCACCUAAAGACUCUCAGACCAUGAGAAACAAGAUUCUCUGGUCUGAUGAAACCAAGAUUGAACUCUUUGGCCUGAAUGCCAAGCGUCACGUCUGGAGGAAACCUGGCACCAUCCCUACAAUGAAGCAUGGUGGUGGCAGCAUCAUGCUGGGGGAUGUUUUUCAGCAGCAGGGACUGGGAGACUAGUCAGGAUCGAGGGAAAGAUGAACGGAGCAAAGUACAGAGAUCCUUGAUGAAAACUUGCUCCAGAGUGCUCAGGACCUCUGACUGGGGCGAAGGUUUACCUUCCAACAGGCCAACGACCCUAAGCACACAGCCAAGACAACGCAGGAGUGGCUUCGGGACAAGUCUCUGAAUGUCCUUGAGUGGCCCAGCCAGAGCCCGGACUUGAACCCGAUCAAACAUCUCUGGAGACACCUGAAAAUAGCUGUGCAGCGACGCUCCCAUCCAACCUGAAGAAUGGGAGAAACUCCCCAAAUACAGGUGGGCCAAGCUUGUAAUGUCAUACUCAAGAAGACUUGAGGCUGUAAUCGCUGCUAAAGGUGCUUCAACAAAGUACUGAGUAAAGGGUCUGAAUACUUAGAAAACUGAAAUAUCACAUUUAUAUAUUUUUAAUAAAUUUGCAAAAAUAUCUAAAAACCUGUUUUCGCUUUGUCAUUUUGGGGUAUUGUGUGUAGAUUGAGGGGAAAAAAACAAUAUAAUCCAUUUUAGAAUAAGGCUGCAACGUAACAAAAUGUGGAAAAAGUCAAGGGAUCUGAAUACUUUCCGAAGGCACUGUAUAUUUCCACACUACGAGGUUGGAAUAAUACUGUGAAAUCGUAAAAAAGGUUGAUAAUGCCUUUUAGUGUAAGAGCUGUUUGAAAAGACACUGUUUUGUUGGGAUGGAGCUUUGGCCUGCCUGGUGACUUCACCAGGCAAUAAGAUAGAGAGUUCCAAACCUCUCUGCCAAUAACAGCUAGUUUUCAGUUUUCCCCUCCCCACUCAGACCACUCCCAAACAGUCCUAGCAACAUUCUUGCUUGAGAAAUUGUUCUCGCUAAGAAGCUAUUCCGUUUUUUUUUUUAAACCAUUUGAUUGAAAACAAUCACAGUAAGGUACUCAAUUGUUACACAGAAAUGAUUUGAUAUUGAGAAGAAAAAAAAUUCUGCAUUGGUCCUUUUAACCCUUUACACUCUUGGGACUAUGGAUAGUGCUAAAUUGAAAUGUUUCUUACAGAAGAAAUAUGAAAAGAAUAUGCACAACCAUGGAAGCAAUUGAAAGGGAACGGUUUGGAGAUUAUAUUAAAGUAUAAUACCAAACGCGAGGACACAACAGUUCACCUGACACAAGACUGAAUCCAAACAUUACACUUUUGAUUAGUGCUGAGCUAUUAAACAAAAUGUCAGUUAUUUUCUGGUUUUUAAACAACUAAUUGCCUGAAGUCGGUUCAAUUAUUUCAAUUGCAUUUUGUUCGUUUAUUUUGUUCUGUGAACUCGAUGCGCACAUCACUCAGUUUCUCUAGAGAUAAAUCAUAUCCAGCCUGAACUGUGUGAUGUAGUAGGGAGUUGUGGUUUCCAAUUGGCCCAAUAUUCUACAUAGUUUAUCGCAUAAAACAUGGUAAUUAACUACAAUGACCAUAAUCCAUUGCGCAUCUACUUGUCCGGUCUGUUUCUCUUUUACGACUUCUACGAAAGAGAGAAGAAUGCGCGAUCCUGAGGUGAUAUAGCGAGCAGCUGUUGCUUCGCGAGGUAUCUCUACCUGAAAAUACAUGGUCUAAGUGAUUGAUAAUUGAUAUUCAGCAGUCAUAAAAGUAUGCGUUAUUUACUUUGAAGAACUAGAAAAGAGUGAUUUUUUUUAGACAGCAUAGGCAGCAGCUUUACAGAGAUAAGAUGAUGACUUGGAAUGAAAUAAUAAAGUAAUCUAAUAAAACAAAUGUAAUAUACACAACAACUGAAUUAUUUUAUUAUAGUAAUGUGAAUAAAUGUUGGUUCAUAAGUGAUAAAACAGUAAUGGCAGUCAAUACCAUCAUGGGUCUUUUAUUAAUUGUUUUAUUCUAUGUUGUUACAGCGUUCAACCCACAUAAUGCUUAGAGCAUUUAAUGUAAAAAAAUAUAUAAUCGAAACUGACAUCCAAAACCGUGAUUAUUUUUUUUAUAAUCAAAAAGCACUAAUCGAUUAGCACUACUGUUGAUUUUAUGUGCAUUUGACAUUUUACUGUACUUUUCGCUACAUUUGUUGAUAACGAAAUCUGAAAAUACUCUGGAUCAGUAACAUAGGAAUAUUCCUGGAAAAUGUUGUAGGUGCAACAUAAGACAAAACAAUUAUAAGGGUUAGAGUGAGAGGACUAACUGGUGUCUCCAAGUGGCCACACACCUCUCCAAAGCGUGCACAUUUCCUAAGUAAUUUCAAUACACUUGUAUGACUCAAAGAAGAGUCUUCAACUAUAAGGUGCUUUUUUCAGCUCUCCUAGCUGUGCCGUUGAGGAACUACAGCAAGCACGCUAGAAGUGUGGAACACAACCCUGCAUCCCCGCCAUCACACAAUUACUGUUGUUUACGCAAUCCAAAAACGGUCCAUUAUAAAUCGCAAUCUGGGUCAGGUAGGCAUAAUUUGAAAGCUUGUUCUAUUGCCAACAUUACUAGCUAAGUUAUAAAAUACGAUAUUACAGUGUUAGGCUUUCAAAAUGCAAUUCAGGGAAACAGAUCGUAAUUUUUGUGCGAUUAGAAAGGAGUCAUGAGUGCAUUCAGCUGCGUUUCUUCCCAGUAGACAAACAUAUGCACAUUCUGUUCAGAAUAACCCAGUGUAUGACGCCAUGUUAUCUUGUAACUACCUCAAACAGAGAUUAUAAACGGAAAUGUGAAGUACACAUUUGGACUCAUGGGUGUUUGGCUUGCUUGUAUGACAUCAAAACAGUAUUUAGUUAUAAUCCUCAACGUCUCAUCUUUGAAAAUACAUAGUCUUCUUAAUUUAGAGCAUUUCCCUAACUCAGUCAACAAAAAAAGUUGCCCGGGGGGGGCGCAACUUCUUAUCGUGUGCGGUGCUCAAGUUAAGAACGGCUGUCACUCAAAACCCAUACAGCGCUGUGAAGCACAGAGGCCAAGGUCUGACGUCAUGUAUAGCAUAUGUUACUGUACAGCCACUGCGUUCAAAUGUAGGCAUUUAUCAGUGCCCAGAUCUGCAAUUUUCAACCCGUAUACGGAUAUGAGUGUAAAGGGCAACCAUAGAGAGAAUCUAAUUUACAAAUCCAAGCUUUCACUUUUUCUCGUACAUUAAAGAAAACCCUGUUGUGGUCUCCAUCCAAUCAUAAACUGUGUUGGGAGCCUAUUCAGCUCUUGUCUACAAAGUCACUACCACACAGGCACACGCAUACACACACACUGAUAUGGACAUCUCUUCCCAUGUCUGCUUAAAGGAAAACUCCACCCAAAAACUAAGCCAUUGUUGAUAUAGUCCCAAAAGGUUUUGCAUGUCACAGAAAUCAAGUUUUCAAGAUAUGCAACUUUCAAAAUACAGAAAUCUGGCCCCUAUGAUGCAAGGCUAAGGGCCUUUCUACAACAAACUAAAGGUCAAUGGGAAACAUUAGCGAAAACAUUGGAUCCCCAACUCAAUUCGAAAACUGUAGUUUACCUUUACCUAGAACCUUGGGCCAGGGCAAAUAGUCGUAUUCAAGUGUUUAACAGCCAAAAAAAUAUAUAGUAAUUAUAAAACAAAAACAUUUUCAGUUGAUUAAUGCUUGUGGGUGAAUCAGUGGACCAGGAGGUGCUUGCUGGCCUGAACCAUUACAUCCCUGGAUCAGCAUCUCUGUGUAUCAGCCAGGGACAAUGCCUGAACCAGACCCAAACUACAGACCCAUGAGCUCUGGUAGAGGGAGGGGCUGGAGAGCCCAAACCCUCUGAAGAGAGUUUCCCCCAGACGUAGGGGUCAGAGAAGGGGCUAGAGAGAGCUCUGCGUCCUGAUAAAGGCUGUCCUCUCACUGUGGCAGUUCAGCUCUUCACUGUCGGAAUCAGAGCCCCCCAGUGUUACCUGGUCCUCGUCCCCCCACACGGUGGGGAUCCCCUUAUAGGAUACCCUGCCCUGCCUCUCCCAGCCCAGCCCCAGGCCGAAGCCCCCCGAGGCCCAUCCCCCCGUCUCCACAGAGUGCAGUUUGGUCCUCCGGGCCCAGGGGGCGCCACCAGAGCGCAGCUGCAGCAGAAGGAAGACCCCGGCGAAGGCUGCCAGGAUGAAGGCACAGCUGAGCAUCGCCAGGAGGGUGGCCAGAGGGGAGGACAGGGCCAGGCUAGGCCCUGGAGGUUCCCCCCCUCCCCCCCCUCCCCCCUGUUCUAACCCCACUGGGCUCUCCCCUGGUCCACCCAUCUCUCCCUGGAGGAUGGGGCCAGUGGGGGACUUGCGCUGGACCUGGUUCUGGUGCAGGCAGGCGGUGAGGACCAGGUGGCUGUGAGGGGAGCAAGAGAGGCAAUCGCUGGGCCCGGGUCCGGAACAGGUGAGGCAAGCAGGGUGGCAUGGCAGGCAGGACUGGGCCGAGGACAAGUCCACCCAAUUGUCCAGGGACAUGUUGAGGAGCUGGGGGCCUGCAGUGAAGCCGGGGGGGCAGAGCUUCACACAACCCUGCAGGAACAGGGAGAAGCCUGGGCUGCAUUCUGGAAAGGGGGAGAGAGGGGAAGAGGGAAAGAGCGAGAGGAAGAGAUGAGUGAGAGAAAGAGAAAGUGA